CUCUUUUAAAUAAAAAUACGUUCUACGUAGAUGGACGGAGGGAGUAUUAAGAGAAGCUCACAAGUCACGUCACACGUAUUUGACGUGCGAACCAAUAAUUUAGACGGCGACGGUGAUCCUCCUGAUCCCGGCAGCCAACCCAACCCACCCAGAAAUUCGACCUGCUUGUUGACCUCGACGAUGUUAUAGUACGUACCCGGUCGAUAGACACGUGGUGUUUUGCUGUCGUGAUACGUAGAUACCCAGAUGGCCACAUGCAUGACCGAUCAGCGUCUGAUCGGAUCUCUUUUAGUUGAUCAUGCAUGCGAACGAGGUCCAUCGUAUACUAAUAACUCGAACAACUGGCAGCUAACGAGAACAACGAUAUACUGUAGUAAUAAAUUACCAACUCGGAGCGAUAGAACUGGCUGCUAAGGGGCAAAAAGUACUCCUGCUCAUCUGAUCGAAUCAUUUUUAUUUUAGUUGAUAAAUGUGAUUCAUUUGUUUACGUGAACUUGGAUCGGACUGCUCUGUUUUCGCGCAUUUUUCUUGUCACAAAAUCCUUCCCUGUUCUCUGCAUGGAUUCAUCAGAUUUCCUACCCUGGUUUUAGUUUUUAGAUUAGACAUGGAUAGGAUUGGAGUCCACUUUCACUUCACGGGUCCAUCGAGCUGCUUGGCAGAAUCUCUGACUCUCUGUCGUUCCCGGAAUAACCAACCCAGCCGCCCGUCCCCACCUGCUGCCCAUUUUCCCGGACCCCACCCGCAGUUUCGAGUUGACUGCACCCGCAUCCCGCCCGCCCAUCCUUCUUCCCCUGCCUCGGGUCCUCCUCUCCUCCUCCGUUCCAUUCCUUCAACUCUUCGAGCACCAGCCCCUCCUCCCCUGUCCCAGCUCGCCGGCACCAUCUCCGGCAACACACGGCCUCCAGCAACACGGUGACGGUGCAGGCUGCACAGGCCCACGCGCGCCAUGACCUGGAACAAGUCCCCGGCCGACGGCUCCGACACCGGCCUCGCCCGCCUCCGCGAGCUGGGAUACAAGCAGGAGCUCAAGCGCGACCUCUCGGUGCUGUCCAACUUCGCCUUCUCCUUCUCCAUCAUCUCGGUGCUGACGGGAGUCACCACGCUCUACAACACCGGCCUCACCUUCGGCGGCCCGGCCACCAUGACCUUCGGCUGGUUCGUCGCCGGCGCCUUCACCAUGGCCGUCGGACUCUCCAUGGCAGAGAUCUGCUCCUCCUUCCCAACCUCCGGUGGCCUCUACUACUGGAGCGCACGCCUCUCCGGCAAGCGGUGGGCGCCCUUCGCGUCAUGGAUCACCGGAUGGUUCAACAUUGUCGGUCAGUGGGCGGUCACCACCAGCGUGGACUUCUCCCUGGCGCAGCUGAUCCAGGUGAUCAUCCUGCUCAGCACCGGAGGGAAGAACGGCGGCGGGUAUCUGGCGUCCAAGUACGUCGUGAUCGCCUUCCACGCCGCGAUCCUGCUGAGCCACGCCGUCAUCAACAGCCUCUCCAUCACCUGGAUGUCUUUCUUCGGUCAGUUCGCUGCUGCCUGGAACAUGUUAGGUGUCUUUGUCCUGAUGAUUGCUGUGCCAACCGUUGCUACUGAGAGGGCCAGUGCUAAGUUUGUGUUCACCCAUUUCAACACCGACAACAAUGCUGGAAUUCACAGCAACCUGUACAUCUUUGUUCUAGGGCUCCUGAUGAGCCAGUACACACUGACAGGAUACGACGCGUCUGCGCAUAUGACUGAAGAAACGAAGAACGCUGACAGGAACGGCCCGAUCGGUAUCAUCAGCGCGAUCGGGAUAUCGAUACUAGUAGGCUGGGGCUACAUCCUUGGCAUCACAUUUGCAGUGAAGGACGUGCCGUACCUGCUGAGCCCUGACAAUGACGCCGGAGGGUACGCGAUCGCCGAAGUGUUCUACCUCGCCUUCAAAAGCCGGUACGGGAGCGGCGUUGGUGGGAUCAUCUGCCUGGGGAUCGUCGCUGUCGCCAUAUACUUCUGCGGCAUGAGCUCAGUGACAAGCAACUCGAGGAUGGCGUAUGCGUUCUCGAGAGACGGCGCGAUGCCCUUCUCGUCCGUCUGGCACAAGGUGAACGAGCAAGAAGUGCCGAUCAACGCUGUCUGGCUCUCGGCUUUCAUCGCCCUCUGCAUGGCAUUGCCGUCGUUGGGCAGCCUGGUGGCGUUCCAGGCGAUGGUGUCGAUCGCGACGAUCGGGCUGUACAUCUCGUACGCGCUGCCGAUCCUGUUCCGGGUGACGCUGGCGCGCAAGCACUUCGUGCCGGGCCCCUUCAACCUGGGGCGCUACGGCGUGCUGGUGGGCUGCGUCGCCGUGCUCUGGGUGGCCACCAUCACCGUGCUCUUCUCGCUGCCGGUCACGUACCCGGUGACCAAGGACACGCUCAACUACACCCCGGUCGCCGUCGGCGGGCUCUUCUUCCUCGUGCUCGCGUCCUGGGUCCUCAGCGCCAGGCACUGGUUCAAGGGCCCCGUCACGAAUCUGGACGGAUGAAUGGAACAGAAUGGGGGAUGUUCAGGCGAUUUCAGGCUGUCACGGUGGAGGCUGUGAAAUGUAUUGUGGGUAACGACGAGAUGCAUUCCAUAUUUCCAUGGGAGAAGAAACUGAGCAAGAGCUGGAGGCAACGAGAUGCUGUAAUUAGCGUGGAUCGCAGUGUUCGUCAAUUGGCAAAAUGCUUUUAAGAAGUAGGAUUGGGUAACUAAUUGCGUCUUUUUAUAGAGGCAAACAUGUCCAUUGUUUGUUUGCAUCACUCUAUUUGGUUUCCACUGUUCCUUAACCAGGGUGCAAAGUGGAUGGGAAACCAUUGAAAUUUAUCAUUAUUACUUAAGAGUUAAGACUUGUUGGACAA